AUGGCUUUCAGGCGCCCAUUGACGCUGUCCGCAGCGUCGGCGUCCCUGCUGUCUUCCACAACGGCAUCCGCUCAAUCCCGAGCUGCUGCCGCGCUGCCUCGGUUCGCUUUCACCCGGGCCUCCUCGUCUUCCAGCUCGACUGCAGCUCUAGCCUACAAGGCAUUGCACCGCCGGUCCCCCCUGCCCCUCCCCGUCAACGAUGCCUCUCCCCAAUGGGAUGCCCCGACGGCCGUCUCCUCGAUUCUCUACGAGACCCCCGUGCCGCCCACCAACCCACCCAAGCGCCACAUCCUGAACUGCCUGGUCCAGAACGAGCCCGGUGUUCUGUCCCGCGUGUCCGGCAUUCUCGCCGCCCGCGGCUUCAACAUUGAUAGUCUGGUGGUCUGCAACACCGAGGUCGAGGACCUGUCGCGCAUGACCAUCGUGCUCAAGGGCCAGGAGGGUGUCGUCGAGCAGGCCCGUCGCCAACUCGACGACCUCGUCCCCGUCUGGGCUGUCCUGGACUACACCGACUCGGCCUUGGUGCAGCGUGAGCUCCUGCUCGCCAAGGUGUCCAUCCUCGGCCCGGAGUUCUUUGAGGAAUUGCUCCAGCACCACCGCGAGAUCACCGCCCCGUCAGAGGAGGGCCAGCCCAAGCACCAGUCGGAUGACUCGAAGAACCCGGAAUUCCACCCCCGCCACCUGCCGUCCAGCCAGGCUCUCCGUCACAAGCACGAGCAUCUGGAUGCCAUCACCCGUCUGACCCACCAGUUCGGUGGCAAGAUCCUGGAUAUCAGCACCAACAACUGUAUCGUGGAGGUCUCCGCUAAGCCUUCCCGUAUUGACUCCUUCCUCAAGCUCAUCGGUCCCUUCGGUAUCCUCGAAUCCACCCGCACCGGUCUGAUGGCUCUGCCCCGCUCUCCGCUCUCCGAGCCUACCGAGGAGAUCGAGAAGAAUGCCGCCGAUGUUGUUGACGCCAGCACCCUGCCCCCGGGCUAA